AUGCCCGCUGAUGCGUCAGACAGCAAAGAUGUUCUAGUCAAUCAGUUGGCGCUCCAAGUCGCGCAGCGUGCCGCCAUAGCCAAAAAUCUACUGAAUGAUUUUGGCGCGUCCGACGGUGAGGACAGCGAUGCCUCAAGGGACGAGAGCACGCAGGAAGCCAAUCUGAACAUCAGAAACUCAGAUAUAGUGGGUGUUGGCCACAAAGCGGCCGAGACGGACGAGUCAGAUUUGGCGUCCCGUCAAGAGUCGGUCGCGACCGAGCGCCUCAGAAGACAGCUACUAGGCAAACAUGCUCGACCUCCUUCCGGGCCCUUGAAUGCUCAGGGUGGCCUUAUUAGAGGGCCAAAGUUUGCAGCGUCGAAACCCCGACCGCACGGCGCUCAGAAGCGAGCUGCCAGCGACGACGAAGACGAGGGCAGGUCUUCCAUGGGCCCGCGAAAAAGCAAAACACAGCCCACGGCGUCCGCUACAAAAUCGACUUCCGCAGCGUCGACGGGAGAUGGCACAGUCGUUCCAGGACCCACCUCACAGCCUAGAAAGCGAGGCACGAGUUACCUGGACCAGGUGCUCGCAGAGCGCGCCGCGAAGAAGAAGCGGAAGAAGAAGUCGCAGAAUAAUGAAAGCGAAUCAUGA